AUGCUGCUGGAAGUGCCGGCGACUUCCAUACUCUCCGGGACGCUCUCAACAAGCGCAUCCAAUACAACUGCUUCAACACGAAGUCCACCUUCGACUUUGUCACCGACAAAACCUUCUCCUCUUCCCUCCUCAACCACCUCCUCAAUUAGCUGCAAAAGGAUGCUGGAAGAAGAGCAGUGUGGCGACGCCGUUCUUGGAAGGCUGGAUUUCUGGCUCUACUAUGUUACCUACAUUUGCGGAGGAACUAUUGGGCUUGUGUACAGCAAUAACCUGGGACAGAUUGCGGAGCCAGUGGGCACGAGUUGUGACACUUCUACACUUGUGAUAGUGUAUGCCUCAUUUUCCUUCUUCGGUCGCUUGCUUUCGGCUCUACCCGACUAUAUUGGUAGCAAAUUGUACUUUGCAAGGACUGGUUGGCUAUGCAUUGCACUAAUACCCUCCCCGAUUGCAUUCACAUUCAUGGCGCUAUCACAAACUCCCCUCGCACUCCCCAUAGACACGGCGUUGAUAGGCGUCAGUUCCGGAUUCAAGUCCGGCAUGGAGAUUGUUUACAGAAGCAAAGGCUAUGAAAUUGUUUGUAAUGCAAUAAGAGACACAUCGAAUUUAUUGCAGGUGCAGAUAGUAGGAUAUAAUUAUGCAUAA